AUGGAUUUUUCUUUCUUUAUCUUGUUAAUGCUGGUACUUGUAAACCAUGGAGUAGUCACUGAAGAGUGCCAAGAAUCAAGAUGUGGUAGACAUGGACCAAUCGUUCGGUUUCCAUUUCGAUUGCAGGACAGACAACCAGACCACUGCGGCUUUCCCGGAUUUGUGCUCUCUUGCAAGAAGAAUCAUCUCUUGCUCGAAUUGCCAAAUUCGGUGAAACUUUAUGUUGAUAAAAUUGAUUAUGCAUCUCAGUAUCUUUUCACAUCCGACCCGGAUAAAUGCCUUUCCAGAUACCUCUUGAAAUCCAGAUCCAGCUUCAAUUUGUCUACCACUCCCUUCCAAUUUAUGGAUGACUCCCUGUCCAAUUUCUUCUUCUUCAAUUGUACAUCAAUCGAUAGAGAUAUGCGCGUGCAGAUGUCUUGCCUGAGUAGUCCUGGCUACGAUAUCUACGCUUUCGAAGCUGACUAUCCCAUCGGUUUUGUAUACCUUGCAUACUGCACCAAGAUAUUUAACAUUUCAUCAAUUCCAGGGGCGAUAGUUGACGAGACAAAUUUUCUGCGCUUAAAUUGGUCCAAGCCGGAUUGUGGAUUUUGUGCAAAACAAGGCAAAUACUGUAGAUUAAAAAAGAAUAGCACAAGUGAGACUGAAUGUUUUGACAAGCCUAUAACUAAACCGGAUACUAAAGGCUUCAAAAGAAAGUUAAUUACCGCAGGUAUAACACUUGGUUUGCUUCUUCUAGUACUAAUGGCAUUUGCCCUCUACCGCGUCUACAAGAGUCGCAUAGAAAAAGAAGAAAAUCAAGCAAAGAUUGAACUGUUUUUGGAGGAUUACAAGGCUCUCAAACCCACAAGGUACUCAUACACAGAUCUUAAAAGGAUUACAAAUCAAUUCAAGGAAAAGUUAGGACAGGGAGCAUACGGAACAGUGUUUAAAGGAAAGCUUUCUGCAGAGAUUUUUGUAGCUGUGAAGAUCCUCAACAUUUCGACAGGGAACGGGGAAGAGUUCAUUAACGAGGUUAAAACAAUGACAAACAUACAUCAUAUCAACGUGGUCCGUUUGAUUGGCUACUGUGCAGAUGGAUUUAGAAGAGCUUUAGUUUACGAGUAUCUACCAAACGAAUCGCUAGAAAAAUUUAUAUCAUCAGAUCACGGAAACGGAAAGAUUCUUCCUCUUAGUUGGGGAAUGCUACAAGAUAUUGCUAUUGGCAUAGCCAAAGGAAUUGAGUAUCUCCACCAAGGGUGUGAUCAUCGAAUUCUACAUUUCGACAUCAAGCCUCACAAUAUCUUGCUAGACAAGGAAUUCAAUCCCAAAAUCUCAGACUUCGGCCUGGCUAAGCUCUGCUCGAAGGAUCAGAGUGCUAUCUCAAUGACUACUGCAAGAGGAACAAUGGGCUACAUAGCACCAGAAGUAUAUUCAAGAAACUUCGGUAACGUGUCGUACAAGUCAGAUGUUUACAGCUACGGAAUGGUGGUGCUAGAAAUGGUCGGAGGACGGAAAAACAAUGGCGUAGAAGACGAAAAGAAUUACUUCCGGGAAUGGAUAUACAAGCAACUGGAUAAAGGAGAAGAGGUGAGAAUCAGAAUAGAAGAAGAAGGAGAUGUGGAAAUUGCAAGGAAGCUAACUAUUGUUGGUCUAAGGUGCAUUCAAUGGAACCCUAAUGAUCGUCCACCGAUGAAAAGUGUAAUUCAAAUGUUGGAAGGAGAUUUAGAAAAAUUAUCAGUUCCUCCUAAUCCAUUUGCCUCUAGAGAUCCUACAACAAUGGGGCAUGAGAAGUGAUCAAUCAAAGUACAGAUAUAAAAUAUCGAUUUCUAAUCUGUAAUGAAGAUUGUUAUCGCCAUACUUAGUCACUCAGAUAUUCUAAUUGCCACCAAUCAUAAAGACCACUACAGUCUAUUGAUGAGUUCUUCCAUCAUUUCAUCCUAAUGCUUUUUAUUGUAAAAAUUGUAAAAUGAUAGAAAAAAUAAAAUCUAAUUGAAAAAACACUAAAUAUGGAGUGUGGUUAUUAUUAA